CGCCCACAGGUGGCCAUUGCUUCCGGGUCGCGGUCAUUUUGAGCCCGUAUUUGGGUGACUUCUUGGAGGCAGAGUGGCUGGCUGCUCCCCACCCCCAACUCUGCUGCGGUGCCGCGCGUCUGAGGGUUUCCGCGGGCUCUUCUUCCUCCUUGAGCCCUCUCGGGUCCCCUCGAGGCCUUCUGCCCCCGAUCGCCUCGGCUCGCCGCGCGAUCGCCGCUGUGGUCCGGAGGAAAAAUGAAUGGGAGAGCUGAUUUUCAAGAGCCGAAUGCAGAAGUUCCAAGACCAAUUCCCCACAUAGGGGCUGAUUACAUUCCAACAGAGGAAGAAAGAAGAGUCUUCGCAGAGUGCAACGAUGAAAGCUUCUGGUUCAGAUCUGUGCCUUUGGCUGCAACAAGUAUGUUGAUUACUCAAGGAUUAAUUAGUAAAGGAAUCCUUUCAAGUCAUCCCAAAUAUGGUUCCAUCCCUAAACUUAUAUUUGCUUGUAUCAUGGGAUACUUUGCUGGAAAGCUUUCUUACGUGAAAACUUGCCAAGAGAAGUUCAGAAAUCUUGAGAAUUCCCCUCUUGGAGAAGCUUUACGCUCAGGACAGGCACGGCGAUCUUCACCAUCUGGGCACUAUUCUCAGAAGUCAAAAUAUGACUCUAAUUUGAGUGGUCAUUCAUCCUUUGUGACAUCUCCAGCAGCAGACAACAUAGAAAAAGAGAUGCUUCCUCAUUAUGAGCCAAUUCCAUUCAGUGCUUCUAUGAAUGAAUCUACUCCCACUGGUAUUACUGAUCAUGUUGCCCAAGGACCUGAUCCCUACCCUGAAGAAAGUCCUAAGAAAAAAAAUAUUACAUAUGAGGAAUUAAGGACUAAGAACAGAGAGUCAUAUGAAGUAACUUUAACACAUAAGACUGACCCCUCAGUCAGGCCUAUACAGGAAAGAAUGCCAAAAAAAGAAGUCAAAGUAAACAAAUAUGGAGAUACUUGGGAUGAGUGAAAAAUUGCAUCAUUGGACCUACUGAAGGCGUUUCAAUAUCCAGCUUCAUCUAGGUGGUCAUGAAAAUCUGCAUGCCUUGAGCCCAGCAGCAGUCUUCAUAAACACAUUUAAAACUAGAACCUGGGUUCUUGUGGUUUGGCUUAUUAAAAUGAUGUUUAAAAACACAGAUUUUAAUGUGAAUGUUGUGUGGCUGUAUUCUUGAAGAACUGUUUGAAUGAUGGUAUUAUACUAGAAUCACAUACAGUUUGUGAAAUUGUUUAAGUUACAGGGUAAGGAUACUCUCUUAAACUGUAAAGAGAUUGUCUGCUCUGGGAUCAGCAUAUAUGAAAAUACAUACCUGCAUGUUGAAUUGGGGUGGGUGGGGGGAGCAAGCAUAAUUUUAAGUGUUAAGCUUUACAUCCAGAAAUUAUUAAAAAGCCUUUCUCCAGUGUUUGCUGUAUUCACUUAUUAAUGUUUAUGGUGAAUAAAACAUAAAGGAACAUGCAUCUUUGUUGGUUUCAUGGUUUUAUUGUUUGUAAUCUAUUUUUAAGUAUAAUUAUAAGUAAGCAGUGUUGAUAGGGACAGGAAAUGAAGUUAUCUGUUUCUGAAUAUUUAAUAGUAUAAUGAGUGUGACGUGUGUAAAUAAACACAGUAAAUAGCUCAGCACCUUUAAGCAGUGGUCAUAUUUGAAAAAUAGGCAGAUUCCCCAAGAAUAAAAAUUUGGUAUACUUUUCUCAUUAUCGA